GAAAUCAGCAUAAAUGCUGACUUGGCCAGAUGCCUGUGGCCCAUUUCAGCCCGUAGUUUUGUUUAUUAUGCAAAAUAUUGCAGCCGAAAAUGAUGCACCUCUUUUCCUAGAUGUGUUGGUGUGGAGUAAUGAUCGAGUUAUCCGCUGGAUCCAAGCAAUUGGCCUUCGAGAAUAUGCAAAUAACAUCCUUGAGAGUGGAGUGCAUGGCUCACUGAUAGCCCUGGACGAGAACUUUGACUACAGCAGCUUAGCUUUGUUACUGCAAAUUCCAACCCAGAACACCCAGGCCAGGCAGAUUCUUGAAAGGGAAUACAAUAACCUCCUGGCCCUGGGAACCGAGCGGCGACUGGAUGAAGUAAGUCCUUAUCUCUCAUUCAAAAGGAUCUUGCGAGUACAAGCAAAAUGGCCUUCAAGGCAUAGUACCCCAAAAUUAAUCAGAUGCUUGCUCCAUGGAUAGGAUCUAGAA